AAUAUGCAACAGCUAAUGGACUUUUGAAAAAAGCAAUUCAAUUGGGGUUGGAUGUAGGAUCAUCAGCAAUACAAGACUCUGAUGAAUCUGAUGGCUUUGAUAGUUUUGAUGAUAACGAUGAAUUAGAUUCUCAAGAUAUUGAGAAUAUAAAUCUAUCUUUAAUUCAGAAUCCUAUCAUUUAUACAAAAAAAGGUGCUCUAUGCAAAACAAGAUUUAAGGAAUCAUAUGAGGUAAAACAGAAAAAUGCAGAACGUCAGAAAACUAAAAGGUGA